CAGACAUCCUAAAAGAGCAGCAAUUAUCCCUCCUGGUUCCUUUGUACAGAGCUCUGUAAAUAAUUUAUUUGGAUUUGAGGGUCUAGAGACGGAAACACAUAUCGAACCUCUUGGUAACCAGGUGAAUUCAGCCUGGAACUCAAAGGCAAGCAGAAAACAAGUGAGAAAGAAACGUGCCUCUUUGAAAUCAGAGAAGACAGCCAGACCUCAGAGGCCAGGCAGGAGGCUGGAGAUGGCCAGGCUGCGGCAGGAGCAAGUUUUCUCCUGGCAUUUAAAGGUCACCCAAGGGCUUCCCACAACUCUAUUGUGAGCCCCCCAUAGCAAGGCUUUUUGGACCAACCGUCUGUGAAGUUGAAAAAAACACUGGCCUGCACUGGAGCUGGUCCCAAACCCCUCCUGCUGCACUCAAUACCUGCAUCAAACAAAGAAAAUUGUGUUUGCCAGGCUGGCUUGCUGAAGUCACAAGAUUCCCAGUAUCACACAGUGCUCCGGAAUGCCUGUGAAACCUCCCGAGGACGGGAAGAUUGUGCACCCCACCUUUCAGAUAACUGCCUUUAGUACCAGCCUGAAAAACCAUGUGAUGGUCAUGGACUUGGUGAAGAGGGACUGGCUCCCUUCCCAGAGACGAGCCCAAGUUUGUUUCAUCCACGUGUGCCCGGGCCUGAAGGUGGCUGAGCAGCGAGGCAGCAGAUAUGAGAUACAUAGUCAACUUUUCUCAUCCCCCAGUGAUGACCCUGCCUGGGAAAGAAAUGAAACUCUUUCAAAAGCAGGAUUACUGGACACGCGCUAUAGUACAAAUGAUCAAUUCGCCCUUAAAAAUCUCCAGUCUGAUGUUACAGAGAGGAAGUCGGACUUCGCCAAGGAUAUGUUGGCAUCACAAAACACAAAAAUGAUAUCACCCAUCAUCAUUUCCCAUCAGAAGAAGUCAAUGGAAAAUGGAGCCGUGUUGCCCCUGUCACAAGCAGUCAUUUGGCCUCAGCUGGGUCGCACAAAGCCAACUUCAGCCAGGCACGGUGGAGUAAACAUGCACAGGCCAUUUGCUACAGACAGAGUGGGAAUUCUGACUCCACCGGAGGAGCUAGGAUUGGAGACAGAACCGCUAUCCACAGGGGACAACCUAGGCAGAGGCCAUCACAGAGGGUUCUCAUCUAUCACCAUUACUGCCCGACGUGUGGGCCCUCCAGCCAACUCCUUGGUAUGGGACACUGUUAGGGACUCACUGUGUCCCAACUGCAGGGCUAAGAAUGCUCUUCUCCAAGGACCCCCAGCUCUGGCCAGGGAAACCCAUCUGUGUCAGCACAAUGAGUCCUUCACCUGUACAGAGUUCCCUAGCAAUGGCUCCAUAGAGGGGCUGAAGGUUCCGGCUCAUACAAGGCUGUGUACAAGGCAGGAGUACUGGAUCACCCACAUGGAUGACAAAGAGGACAGUUUUUCUUCAGACAAUUCACCAUCGGGAAAAGUCCCAUUGGUUUUCAGUUCCUGUGUCCACCUCCAGGUGUCUCAGCAGUGUCCCAAAACCAUUUACUAUUUGGACAAGUCUCUUUCUGUCCCCCUUGAGCAACCUCAAAUUGCUAGCCCCAAAAUGCACAGGUCUGUCCUGUCGCUCAGCCUUCGCUGUAGUUCCCACAGGUUAACAGCAGAUGGCGUAGAUAGCACAGCUAAUGAUGAGCCAAUCAGCAGAGCCCUGCCACAAGAGCUCUUGGAGGGAAAGCAGGACCUCUUAAAUCCACAAUGGGGCCAAGCACAGGAAGGUCACUGGAAGGAGAGCCCAGCAUUGGUGCCGAUACAUAUGGGGAGUGGCAAGGCUCUGGCAGGCUCCCCUCCCCUGGAAAAUGUCAAAUGUGCAGAUGUGGGAAGGAACCAGGUCCCAGUAAGAAAGGAGAAAGAAGACUGUGCAACAUGUCCCACUAGCAGCCAUGCCGACCAACUCUCCAUCCAUAUUCCUGGCUGGAGUUACAGGGCAGAUUACACAUGCUGUGACUUGGUUGUAAAACUAAAGGAAUUUGAGAAGCACAAGGACCUCAUUGCCACACCCGAGCCUUCACCAGCAAUGCCCUCUCCAACACCCGCAGAGGGACCACAGAGCUCUGACCCAUUGGAAGAUAGUUCUGAGCCUCCGCAUCUGCUGGCAAGCUCCAUGACCUUGCAGGAAGCACUGGAAGUCCGUAGACCUCAGUUCAUUUCUCGCUCACAAGAACGGCUGAAAAAGCUUAAGCACAUGGUACAGCAAAGGAAAGCCCAGCAAAAGGAAAACCUGGGACAGAAGCAGAGCCUACUUCCUGUCCGUGCCCACAAGAAGCAGUUCACCGUCCCUCAUCCUCUUAGUGAUAACUUGUUCAAACCCAAAGAAAGAUGCAUUUCAGAGAAGGAGAUGCAUAUGAGAUCUAAAAGAAUCUAUAAUAACUUGCCGGAAGUUAAAAAGAAAAAAGAAGAGCAAAAGAAAAGAGUGAUCUUACAGAGUAACAGACUCCGAGCAGAAGUCUUCAAAAAGCAAUUACUGGACCAGCUCCUUCAGAGGAAUGCAGUCUGAUUCCAGGUGGCUCUGCUAGCCACAGCCUGGACCUGGGAAGACUUCUGACACUGGAUGAACCAUUAAACUAAACACUAUCUUCGCACGUGAAAGAUA